CAAACCGAUCGAGUGAACGGAGGAGUUUAUUCAUUACACCGCCAACAAGCCCGUAUUCUCGACUUCUGAAUUGUUGAGGGAGCAGUUACAUGUCACCAAAGUCGAAAUGAAUGUGUGCAAACCCAAGGAAGUCGGUCACGACGGAUUGUUCGUGAGGAAGCGCUUCACGCGACAUCCCGUCGUGAUUUCCGCCAAGCGAUUUGCGGCAAUCAAGGGACGUUCCCGCCAGGAUGAGAAGCACGCCCAAAUGGAGGCUGUCGAGGAGGAGCGCAGGUACCGGCAGUACCUCAAGGAUGGCAACGAUCUGCUGUGCAGCCUCUUCACGGAUCCCACGGUUCCCAAGAUCAAGAAGUCGGCCAGGGCCAAGAGCAAGGAAGCCAUGACUGUGGUCAAGGAGGUGGACACAAAGUUGGUGGACGAGCGAUUGCGAAAGCAGCGCAUCCUGCGGGCCAAUCGCCUGCUGGACCAACUGAAGCCCGGACCACGAGCCCUGCACCAGGCCCUCCUCCUGAGCGAGAUGAUCCACCAAAGGCAGUACAAUGAGUCCCUGAACGAGGAGAUCGCCGGGGCGGCUCGUGCCCAGGAGCGGGCCGACGAGGAGCUAUGUCCGGCGGCCUUGGUGCCCUUCGGACACGCCACCGAGGAGGAGGAGGUGGCCAGGCAGCAGGCCAGGAACUCGGAGCACGCCAAGCUCAUGCGCGAGGACAUCGCGGCGCGGGAGAAGAUCCGGGAUGCCGAGCGGGAGCAGGGGAUCUUCGAAGUGCAGGUGGAACGGGCGCAGUACAAGUGCCUCCAGGACAAGGAGGAGAAGGCGCUCAAGGAGAAGAAGGCCCGCAAGAUCGCCUUCUACCGCAAGGCUCAUCGGGAUGCCAUCCUGGAGAAGGCCGAGAUUGCAGAGCACGAGCGGAUUUGCGAUGCCAUCGACGACAGGCGCAACUGCGUCUACAUCGUGGCCAGUCGCAACCUGGACACUCGCUACGGCAGCCAUGUGAAGAAAAUCCGGCAGAAGCGCAUCCAGGACCGGGAGGAGAAGGCUCUGGUGGUCAGCCGGGCGCAGCAGGUGCAGCAAAGGAAGCUGGAGGAGCGGCAGGCGAACGCGGAGGACCGCUACGAGUUCGAGACGCAGGUGGACGAGAACCGACGCCAGUGCGAACGGGAGGUCCUGGCCCAGGAGCGCAGGAAAUACCAGCUGGUGGAGCGGGAGCAGGAUGCCGAGAGGCUGCGACGCCAGCGGGAGCUGCAGCGCUUCCAUGUGGCGCGUCGCCUCAAGAACGCCGAGGCCAAUCGCUACUUCGAUGCCUCCCAGAAGCGGAAGCGGGACAAGGUCAAGGAGGAGCUGCGCAACGUGCUCUUUGGCCAGCGGGAGGAGUUCCUCGAGAAGCGGCGCGCCGAGCUGAUGAACCUGGCGGCCUGCAACGAGGAUCCCUACCUCGAGGACGACAAGAAGUUCUUCGAGCAGGCGGUCCAAAUCAUGGAGGAGUCCCGCAAAGUGGGACGACCCCUCUAUCCGAUUGCCACCGCCGUGGAUCGCUACGAGCGGCAGAAUCAGCUGGACAUGCGUCCGGAGGGCAGGAUGGUGAAGCGGAGCCGGCUGAGGGACUACUGCUGGCCGGGCUACUACUCCAAGGCGGAGUUGGCCUACCGCAAGUACGAGCAGCGGGAGAUGUGCCGCGAGGAGCAGGUGGCCGAUCGCCACCAGAUCUACUGCAACUCGGUGAAGAUCAAGAAGUUGGCGGAAGUGGAGAAACCGUAUACGCCCUGUGUGGCCUCCUGUCCCAUCAAUUGCUUCCAUCGACGCGGAAUGCCGGCCACGGAUAGCAGGGAUUCCUUCGACUACGCCCGACACGUUUGCUACAUCGAUCCUCCCACGGUGGCCGCUUGUCCCGGUCCCAUGCAGGUCAUCCACAACGAUCCGCUGGACAACCGCCGGCGGAUCAGCCAGGAAUCCAUCAAGCUGCCAGCAAUGCCGGAAGUUAAGAAAAGGGAAUCGCCCUUUUUUCAAGGGGUUGUUAAAAGGGUUAUAAAUACGCUGAACGAACCCAAGCUAAUGCCAACCGUCAAGGAGUCAAUCAUCAGCAUGAGAGGUCCUCCGCCACCUGCUGAUCCUCAAAUCAGAACAUCCAAGCUGGCUAGGACAUCGCAAGAGGAACUUCCUCUACCCAAAUCCCAGCCGCCAGUUAGGCCCAGGAUGAAUCGAGGUUCCAAGAGGGCCAGUUCGUUGAUGAAACCUCCACCAACUGGCAACGAUAGGCCAGCACCCGUGCCCAAUCCAAAGGGAACCUGGGGAUCCGGAUCCCUGCAGCCGGUGACCAAGAAGAAAUCCAAGUGACCAAGAAACCAGGACAUUAUUUUACCAAAAUUUACGUUUCAAGAGCUUAUUGUAUUGAUGUUGUCCGUUCGCAAGGAGUAAAUAUAGAAAGAAAAAAAAAACGAAUGAAAUGGCUCCAUCGAAUGGAGCCAGACAGCAAAGGAAA